CCAAAAAUACCAGGAGCAAAAAGAGAGAGAGCUGCCAUCAACCCCUUUCCUUCUUCUUCUUUUUUUCCUCCUCCUGGCAAAAAUGGAAAAGGGAGCGGCCCGAACCCUAAUCCUGCUGCUGCAGGUGCUAAUGUGCGCCGUGGCGCUGGUCUCUGGAGAGAAGAAGCAGCACGUCGUUGGAGGGAGGAAGCACGGCAAUGGGUGGGCCCCCAACAUCAACUACACCACCUGGGCCGCCGGCGAGCGCUUCUACGUCGGGGACUGGCUCACAUUUUUAUAUGAGAAGGGAUACUACGACGUGGUGCAAGUGAACGAGACAGACUACGAGCGAUGCUCAGCGGACCACCCUUUGGCAGAAUUCCUCAACCAACGGGCCCCUACUACUUUCAUUGCUGCCAGCCGAGGCCAGUGCUGGAGCGGCAUGAAGCUCUCCGUCACCGCUCCCCCGCCCCCUCCCCCUUCCCCUCACCGUCCUCCUCCACCUCCUCUCGUCGGCCGCCGCCUGCACCGGCCGCCGGGCCGGCUUCCGUGGUUACCUGCCAGUUUGUGCUGGUGCUUAGGUCUGUGCUUGGGUUGGUGGUGGUUACCUAGCUAG